CUAGCAUUUCUUUUGUCUUGGGCAGAAGAGAGGGAGUUCAUAUCAGACUCAGAGCUCCUGAACCGAGCAGGAUGAUGAAAAGAGAGAAACUGCAGAAGCAGCUGGGCGAGUACAUCUUAGAUACUGUCAAAUACAUUGAAACAGUAAAGGAGUUUUGUGACGGAGAAUCAAAAUGGACCUUACAGAGAAAAUCUGAACUCAGGAGGGUGAAAUACAUCAAAGACCGGGCCGAUCAGAUCACUCUGAAGUUUGACCAUGUUCAGAAGGCUGAGGACAAGGCCAAGGCUUUUGGAGAGUACAUGUGGAAUGGUCUGACUCAGGUUACAGCAGAUUCCAGAAGGCAGAAGCUGGAGAAGGAGCUAGGAGAAGUUUUGAAGAAGACUUUAGAAGGACUGGAGAAACUCCAACACUUCCUGGAUGCAGUGGAGAAGCUAGCCGUCACCUCACUGUUUGUCUUCGUGGGCGAGAGCUUCAUGCCAAAGGGUGUGAGCUCCAUGUCCGUACGUUCAGUGAUCUCUGCAGCCAGAAUCGUUUCUCCACUCCUCGUCCACUUCAAGAGAGACGCAGGAGCGUUCUUCCUGCCGAUCCUCAGGAAUGUGGAAGUCCUGGCCAUCCAGCUGGACAAAUACAUCCGUAUCACUCAGCAGAUCUGUGAGAAGAUGGAGAAAAUAUCCAAGUGCAUAUCAGGUUCUGGAGGUUUUCAUGGAUGGAAAAAUGGGAAAUCUUCACUGACAUUUAAUUUGAACGUGAGUGAGGAGUCUGUGCACGAUCUGUAUGACCAUUUACUCCAGCUAACUAAAAUCAGGAGGGACGAGUUGUUCAGGAUGAAUUUCCUAUUUGGCGAAAAGGCACAAGGCUUCAUUAAUUUAUUCCAUGAGUGCCACACCAGGAUGUUUGCAUUCCUGUCUGAUUUAGAGAAGGCUGCAGCUGCGCUGGACAAGAUGAAGAAGGGCUCCAACAUGUCCACUGUGGCUGGAAGUUCAGUCGGUAUUGCAGGAGGUGUUUUGUCCAUCAUAGGUUUAGCUCUCGCUCCCGUCACUGCAGGCGUAUCUUUGGCUCUCACACUCACAGGUGUUGGUCUCGGAGUCACCAGCGGCGUCAACAGCCUCGUUACAGGCAUCACUGAAAUGGCAGUCAACAGUCAUCAAGGGAAAAAUGCCAAUGACAUCUUCACCAGGUUUAUGGAAGACAUGCAGAAGAUCCUAGAUUAUAUGGAAGACGUGGCCAACAGCAUCUGUGCUGAAGAAAGUGCCAAUGGCGUUCAAAUGGUAUUUAAAGCUGGGAAACUGAUUGUUGGUGCUGGAGCAGUAGGAAAAUGUAUUGAUGCUAUAGUGGAUGGAGCUUCAGCUGCAAAAGUUCUCAGAAGUGAGGAGGUGAUUGCAAAGGCAGUUAAUAUGGGGCUUCAGGAAGCUAAUGCAGGUCGGAGCAUCCCAAAACUGGCUGCAGAUCUUCCUGACAUUGGGCAGCUGGCUAAAGGAACUCCUCUGGCCAUUUCAAAGUCAGCCAGGGCAGGGUUCAUUACUUUAAAUGCCCUCUUUAUUGGUGUAGAUGCUUUUUUCAUCACUAAAAGUGGUAUUAGUCUGGCCAAAGGGAGCAAAAAUGAAGUGGCUGAGCUCAUUCGCUCCAGAUUGGCUCUGUGGCGCUUGGAAAUGGAGGCGUGGGAGAAGAUCUAUAACCAUCUGUUUGAAGGAAUCGCAGGGUUUCACAAGAAUCAGGAAAUUCUAGAGCAACGUUUCUACUUUUAAAAAAUAAAUCUGACCAAAAUAGUGA